GUCCUGUGCACCGCGCUUUCUGUGGUCGGAUCGUGCUCCGCAUGUACGUGUUGGGGUAGGUCUGCUCUCGUCUUGCCUUCCUCUCAAUGCUUGCACGCCCUUCUCUUGCACGCCUUGUGCGUGCACACACGCGCUGGUGUGUAUAAAGCUGCCACUGAGGUGGGGCAAAAAUCGCUCCCGUGUGCCCGAAUGCGAAAAUCUGCGUCUGUUGGGGACAGCUUUUCACGUGAUUUAGGUGGGAGUGUGUGUCUGUCGUUGCGACUUAAAAUGAAAUCUUUACAACUAGGUUUCUUCUCUUUUUUAAAAUGUUUUCUUUUUCUUUUCCUCUUACGUUUAAAGAACUAAUUUUAUGUUGGUGGUUUGACGGCUUAGGAUCUACCAGGAUAUCCAUCUUAAAAGUGUGCAACUGUUAUGCUUUAUUUCGGGAAUUUAAACAGCUUAUUAAACAGGAUUAUUCUUCUGCUCUGUAAUGUACUUUUCUGCAGUCUUCAUAUUUGAAUUCUAAAUGAUCUUCUGGGGGGUGGUGUUUAAAGAUUCCCACAAAUAAGCAUGAAUGUGUUUCUUAGAUUUUAAAACAAUUCUUCAUGUUUUAUGUGUAGAUCCAGAUUUAUCUUUAAGUACACGUUCCUCAGUAAGUUAACAAACUGCUGAAGUUUAUUAAUUUUUUUUUCCUUCCCCAUUAAAAUGGGUGUGUGUGAUAUUGUAUUUGUGGAAAUUGUUUGAAGUUGCACAUUUUGCCUAAGUGGUUAAUCAGAUCUUUUUCUUUUGGUUCUGCUUGUUGCCUUGCAUAAUGCCUUCUCUUCCUUUGAAAUUUGUUUACUGUAUGUCUUUGUAUGUUUAUGUCUAAUAGGGAUCUUUCUCUUUCUUUCCUAGGUGUCUGUGUCUUCAGACUAAUUUAGGAUAUAGUCCUGAGAAAGUUGAGACACAAGGAAUUACAUACAGAACUACUACUUUCCACCAGUAUUCUUUUUCCUCUUUCCUAUCCCUCUUCUUCCAUAGGGGAGUACAGCUUAGGAUUUUAGGUCCAUUCAUCCCACAGAAAUCUACCUUAUUCCUUAAGGGAUAGGCUAGACGUUGCCUGUUAUAGUACCAGGAGAACGUUAUUCGUUGCUUGCUGAGGGAGCUUUAUUUGUAUAUUUGGAGUGCAGUGUAGAGAGGCAUCCAGGAGGCUUCCUUGCCCUCCCUUUUUGAGUAAUAGUGGAUUCAGGAAAAGGGGUGCUUACGGAGACACGUGACCUCGUUAAAGGACCUGAGACUGAAGCAGCACUUGGCACACUGAAGGAAGCACCCGCUUAUCUUUUGGCAUCUUUUUUUGUCUGCUGCUGGUUCCUCACCCAAUUUCGGAAAUGACCCUUUUGCCUCAAUACCUGCUGCAGAAGCUUCAUGUGUGAACAACAGAAAAAAUACCUACUAGAAACUCUUUGAAAUACUAAGUGAAGAAGUUCCAUUGAAAAGAAACCUUGAAGGUUGCAAGAACAGUCCACGAUGUGCAGUUCAGUUGCUCCCAGAUUGUGGUUCUUAACAGACCGUCGCAUCAGAGAAGAUUACCCUCAGCAGGAGAUCCUGAGAGCGUUGAAGGCCAAGUGCUGUGAAGAAGAGCUGGAUUUCCGGGCCUUGCUGAUGGAUGAAGUGGUGCUGACAGUCGAGGAUGGAAAUCUUGGUCUUCGGGUGAACGGGGAGCUUAUUACUGCUUACCCUCAAGUGGUGGUAGUCCGGGUACCAACACCUUGGGUCCAAAGUGAUAGUGAUAUCACAGUCCUUCGCCAUCUAGAGAAGAUGGGCUGUCGGUUAAUGAAUCGUCCCCAGGCCAUCCUCAACUGUGUCAAUAAGUUCUGGACGUUUCAAGAACUUGCUGGUCAUGGUGUGCCCCUGCCAGAUACGUUUUCGUAUGGUGGUCAUGAGAAUUUUGCCAAAAUGAUUGAUGAGGCAGAAGUGCUGGAGUUCCCUAUGGUGGUGAAGAACACGCGGGGUCACCGAGGCAAAGCUGUGUUCCUGGCACGAGACAAGCACCAUCUGGCAGACCUGAGCCAUUUGAUCCGUCAUGACGCCCCAUACUUAUUUCAAAAAUAUGUUAAAGAGUCCCAUGGCAAGGAUGUACGUGUCAUCGUAGUAGGAGGCCGUGUGGUGGGCACCAUGCUCCGUUGCUCUACAGAUGGGAGAAUGCAGAGUAACUGCUCACUUGGUGGUGUAGGGAUGAUGUGCUCACUGAGUGAACAAGGCAAGCAACUGGCAAUCCAAGUGUCCAACAUCCUGGGGAUGGACGUGUGUGGCAUUGACCUACUGAUGAAGGACGACGGUUCAUUCUACGUCUGUGAGGCCAAUGCAAAUGUAGGUUUCAUUGCCUUUGACAAGGCUUGUAAUCUAGAUGUAGCUGGUAUCAUAGCGGACUAUGCCACUUCUCUCCUAUCCCCCGGUCGCUUGACGCGGCGCAUGUCCUUACUCUCUGUGGUGUCCACGGCAAGCGAGACUAGCGAGCCAGAGCUGGGCCCUCCAGCUAGUGCCGUUGUCGACAAUAUGAGUGCUAGCUCCAGCUCUGUCGACAGCGACCCUGAGACCACGGAGAGAGAAUUGCUCACCAAGCUCCCGGGGGCUCUAUUCAACAUGAACCAGCUAUUAGCCAAUGAGAUCAAACUUCUUGUGGAGUGAUGCCACAUGUAAAUAGAUGACCAACAGAACUCUCUUGUAAAAUUUUCUUUGAAACCAACUUGCAGUGCUGUUUAUCAGAGAAACUCAGAGAAAUGAGGAAAGGAGAGUCAGUCAAGAGAGCAAGAUAAAAAGGCAUGUGUUCUGUGACAGCUGCCUCUAUUUUUUUGCAGAACAUAAUAUUGUGAUAAUUCUUCAGCACUAUUGUUGUAAUGAAGAUGUUUAAUUUACAGCCUAAAUGGGAGUUUUAUUUGGAUGCUGCUUUGAUUCUGCAAUUUGAUAUUGCGGUGCAUGGGUGUUCGCAGGAAAGCAUUGAAAUAUGAUUAACUGGAAAAUUUUCAGAAAGUUCUGGUAUCUCUCUAGAAACUUUUGUGAGUUAAUGCAGCAGUUAGCUCUCUUGUGCUCUCUAAGGCUUGAUCUUGUAAAUUGCUGACUGCCUUUAAUUGUCAGUGAGAGUUCAGGGUGUUAAAUGCCAGGUAUUUAAAACUCCUGGAUACCUACUGUUCCCACUCUUGUGGUAAAUUCAGCAUAGUUUUGAAAUCGUCUCUUUCAGACCUUACAGGAUGUGGCCAUUCAAAUGUUGAGACAGAGAGGGGUGUCAGUUGCCCUAAUGUGAGCUUCUGUACAAGUGUCAAAUUGGUGCCAUCUUGAUAUUAACAGGCAGAUUUGUGUCUGUUUUUCUUUAUAAGGCAUUUGAAAGAGGAUUUCUAGUACCUCAGAUUUUUUCACUUCAAAUCCUGAGUUUGAGAGGUAUGCAGGGGAAUGGGUCAUAUUAUAUUGUGGUAGAAGUGGCACAUUUUAACUAUUUUUUGCAUGAUUGGAGGAGUUAAACAGCACUGUAAUGUUUGGUAUACAAAAUAAUGUUUAAUCCAAUGUGAAAAAAAAUUACACUAGUUUAAAAAAAAAUGUGCAUUGGCUUGUAUUUGUUAGUGUUUUAGUCAU